GGAUGGCCGCAUGAAUCAUUUAAACUUCGUUGCUAAGUUCCAACGGUUGUCUGUCGUUGCAUGUUGUAUGUCCGUCUCGUGCUUUAAAACGAAUAACAGGUGUAUAAGUGGAUAUAGCUUUUUCAUUAGCGUAUCAUUUCCUACGUUCGUUUUUCGCAAUUUUUAAUUGAUAUCUAUUACGAAAGGCAAUUACAUCGUCAUAUAGAUUUUGGUUUUCUACGGGAUCUGAAUUUAACUCCACGAUGGCAGCGAAAAAUGCGAAGAGACCGAAGAAAAAAGGCGGUUAUCUAAUGCCCGAUCCGAUACCGGCUGGAGAAAUUCUCACAGAUAUGCACAAGGGUCAAUGGAUCCUUGGCAAAUCAAUCGGCGUCGGCGGUUUUGGAGAAGUUUAUUCUGCGGCACCUUAUUCUGGGAGAAACCCCAAAGAUUAUCCUAAUGUUAUAAAAAUUGAACCACACGUAAAUGGCCCAUUAUUUGUAGAAAUGCACUUUUAUAUGAGGAACUGUAAACCAGAUGAAAUUGAUAGUUGGCAGAAAAACAAGAAACUUGCUGCAUUUGGAAUGCCUAAAUAUAUUGCUUCUGGAAGUCAUGAAUUUAAAAAUACAAAGUAUCGGUUUUUAGUAAUAAAUCGAUAUGGAAAGGAUUUAUGGAAAAUAUUUGAGGAAAAUAAUAGACAAUUUCCAGAGCACAUAGUAUAUAAACUAGCUUUGCAAAUAAUAGAUAUAUUGGAAUAUAUCCAUCACAAAACUUAUGUUCAUGCUGAUAUCAAAGGUGAAAAUUUACUACUAGAUCGAAAUUCCUAUGAUCAAAUCUAUUUAGUCGACUUUGGUUUAGCAUGUCACUGUACAACAAGCACUGAAUUAAAACCAGACCCAAAAAAAGCACACAAUGGCACUUUACAAUAUACAAGUAGAGAUGCUCAUAUGGGAGUACCAACAAAGCGUAGUGAUAUUGAAAUCUUAUAUUAUAAUAUAAUUCUGUGGUUAUGUGGUUCACUACCAUGGGAAAAAUUACUCGAUCCAGUUACUGUUCAAAAGGAAAAAGAAAAAGCGUUCAAAAACAUAGACGAUUUCUUGAAAAAGUGUUUUCAUGGAUCAAUACCACAGCCUGUGCAUAAAUUUAUGACUUUAUUAGCUAGCAUUAAAUUUAAUGAAACACCAUCUUAUGAAAAAUUUAAAGAAAUAUUAAUAGCUGGUUUAAAGAAAUUAGGUUAUAAAUCAGAUGGAAAAUUAAGAUUAAAUACCAUUGGCAAUUCGAUUGAACAAAAUCCUUCUAAAUCUACUCCGCAAAAAAUAAAACCUGUGAAUGGAGUCAGGAAAAGUCCUCGUAUGAAACAUAUGGAUACUGUAAGUCCUAUAAGAAAUUCAAGAAAAAGUACUAUAGGUGUUGUAAUGGACAAAAAGCGUUGUAAUGUAAGAGAUAUUGAGAAAGUAUUAAAUGAUAUGGAUUCUGAUGAUGAAUACGAUAUUCAAAUUUUGAAGAAAGCAAAAAAAUCUAGUGACAAUGUUAAUAAAAUUACCAAAACGAUCUCAUUACGUAGUAAAACAGAAAACCAAAUUAAUUGUAAGGAUGAUUCUGAAGAUGAUUCUGAAAUGGAGCCCUUAUCAAAACGUGUAAAUAAACCGCGACAAAGAAAGCCAGCUGUAAAUAGAACAAAACGAAAUAUUAAGUAUUUGGAUGACUCUGCAACCACUUCUGAAUCCGAGGUUAUAUCAAAAGGAACAAAGUCAAGACCUGCUACUACUUUUAGGGAUAGGAAAGUAACUACAAAAAGAUUGCAAUCUAAUAAAGCAAUAUCGAAAACUGAAAUUCAAUCUGAUGAAGAUAUAUUUGAUACAUAGUUUUAUCAAACAAUAAUAUAAUGAAUUGAAAUUUGUACUACAAAAUAUAUCUGUAAUUAUGUAUCUUGCA